AACGUUUUACACAAUGACAGCAUACCUGCACAAUCAUUCUGGUGACAUAAGAAGGGCGUGGCCUUGGGGUGAAUGUGAGGAGGUUCUCUGCUUCUCUUCAAUUAUAUUGCUCAUAUCUACAGGAAUAACGUGAUCAAACUGCAUCGUUCGAUAUGUCAGACUCUCCGUAUACUCUCUACUCUUACUUCAGAUCCUCCUGCUCAGCGCGUAUUCGCAUCGCUCUCAACGCAAAGGGAAUUCCCUAUGAGCUAGCAUUUGUUAAUCUGCUCAAAAAUGAGCAUCUCUCCGAUUCUCACAAAACUCUCAACCCAUCAGCAUCCGUCCCCGUCCUCAUCUCCAAUACAUCAAGCGACAAACCCUUUCGCAUCGGUCAAUCCGUCGCAGCCCUAGAAUAUCUCGAAGAAAAACACCCUUCCCAUCCCCUCCUCCCCUCCAACCCCGAAGCACGAGCAACAGUCCGAACCCUCGUCAACAUCAUCUGCGCCGACAUCCAACCCGUUACAAACCUGCGUAUCAUGCGCCGUAUCAGAGAACUCGGCGGAAAUGCAGAAGAGUGGAAUUGUCAGCUCAUGACUGAUGGACUCAAGGCUUAUGAGGAGAUUGUUAAGGACUCAGCGGGGAAGUGUAGUGUUGGUGAUGAGUUGACGUUGGCGGAUGCUUGUUUGAUGCCUGCUAUGUGGAAUGCUGAGAGGUUUGGUGUUGAUUUGACGCUGUUUCCGACGAUCGGGAAGAUUGUGGAGGGUUUGAAGGAUCACCCUGCUGUUGUGAAGGCGCAUUGGCAGAAUCAGCCUGACACGCCUGACAAUCUCAAGGCUUGAUGGAUACAGAAUUGAUAUACAAGGUCUGAGUAGUCUUACGGUAGUUUAAAAAGAAAGCUUGGGCUUCUUCAAGAAGCUCAAACAUUGAGGGAGUGUCGCGCUGCCAUGAUCUGACAUGCUAAGAUAUGGAUAAAAUGUACGCAAACAUGACAGACGAAGUGAUG